AUGGCCGAUUCGGAUAAACUUGGUCUUGGUCUCGACGAUAUCAUUCGAAAAGAUCGUACUACAACUCGACGUGGUGGUCAACGUGGAUUUCAUACACGUGGCGGCGGUCGAGGAGGUGGUCAAAGCAACGGAUUUCGAACUCGUGGUGGUGGUGGCCUGCCUCGAACGUUGAAUGCACCAGCAGGUCGUUGGAAACAUGAUCUUUUUGAUGAUAAUGCUAAUCGAGGUCGAAUUGGACAACGUACUAGUGGUGUUAAUAGUACCACGAAAUUACUCAUAGCUAAUCUUGAUUAUGGUGUAACAACAAGUGAUAUUAAGGAAUUAUUUGAAGAUAUUGGAGCUGUUCGUGCUGCACACGUACAUUUUGAUGAAAAUGGUCUAUCAUUAGGUACAGCUGAAGUUGUUUAUGAACGUCGUGUUGACGCUGUUUCUGCCCAACAAAAAUAUAAUGGCCUCAAUCUUGAUGGUCGUCCCAUGGAUCUUAAAUUAGUUGGUGCUCUUGAUAGUGGAGCACAACAACAAACAAAUUUUAGUUUGAAUCUAAAUGGAACUAAUGGUAGAAAUCAAAGAUCAAGUUUUCGUUUUAAUAAUCAACAAAAUGGAACUCGUGGUGGUGGUGCUAGUCGGCCACGAGGUGGUAGACAACAGCAAAAUGGAAAUGGUGGUAAUAAAAAAGUAGAUGUUACCGCUAAAGAUCUUGAUGCUGAACUCGAUGCAUACCGUGCAGAAAGCUCAUCGAAAAAAUGA